CAUGGGCCGGGGGCCCGGGCCCGGGGUCCGCCCGCCGGGCCUCCCGCUGCCGCCGCCGCUGCUGCUGCUGCUGCUGCUCGGCCGGGCCCGCGGCGGCCCCGGAGCGCCGGGCGCGGACGGUUUGGAUGUCUGUGCCACUUGCCAUGAGCAUGCUACCUGCAAGCAAGAAGAGGGGAAGAAGAUGUGUAUUUGCAACUAUGGAUUCGUGGGCAAUGGGAGAACCCAGUGUAUUGAUAAAAAUGAGUGUCAGCUUGGAGCCACCGUGGUCUGUGGGAACCACACGUCUUGCCACAACACGCUCGGAGGCUUUUAUUGCAUCUGCCUAGAGGGCUACCGAGCCACAAAUAACAACACAACCUUCAUCCCCAACGACGGCACCUUCUGCGCAGACGUGGACGAGUGUGAGUUUUCCGGCCGGUGCGGGCAUGGCGGACGAUGUGUGAACACACAGGGGAGCUUUGAAUGCUACUGUCUGGACGGAUACUCUCCAAGGAACGGGCCUGUGCCUUUCCACCCAGCCCGAGAGGCCACGUCAUGCACAGAAAUAGACUGUGGUCCCCCUCCUGAGGUCCCAGAUGGCUAUGUCCUAGGAAAUUAUACUUCUCAGCUUGGAAGUCAGGUCCGUUAUGCUUGCAGAGAAGGAUUUUUCAGCGACUCAGAGGAGAUAGUCUCCAGCUGCACUACCUCCGGCACCUGGGAAUCUCCAAACCUAAUUUGCCAAGAGAUCAACUGCGGCCCUCCUCCUGAAGUGCAGCAUGCAUUCCUGGUGGAGAAUCACAGCUCCGGCCUAGGUGGUGUGGCUCAUUACAUGUGCCAGGAGGGCUUCAACAGCCUGGAAGGACCCAUCACUUCCGUCUGCACAGAGAAAGGCACCUGGAGUGAAAGUACUGUGACUUGCACAGAAAUCAUCACAGAAAUCAGCGACCUCUCAGUGUUUAAUAAUACCUGUGUGAGGUGGCAAGUAAACCCAGGAAGCCUGCAGUCCAGGACAACGUAUGUGAUCCACUUCAAAGGACAACAGCUGGACCCUCAAGAAUUGCUUCAUGAGGAGACCGUCACCUUGGCCACAGACAGCAGGACCCCAACAGUGUGCCUGGAUCUGCAGCAGGCCACCAACUACACCGUGAGCAUUUCCACUGCCCCUCCCAGACGCUCAGUGCCAGCCGUCAUUGGGUUCGAGACAGCUGUCGAACAGCCAAUCAGCAACAUCUCAGUAUUCAAUGACACCUGCCUGCGGUGGAGACAUAGGAAGACAGCUGGUCUCCAGGAGAUGUAUUUAUUCCACGUUCAGGGUCAGAGAUGGUAUCAGAAAGAAUUUGCCCAGGAAAUGAUCUUCAACAUCAGCGCCAGCAGCCAGACCCCCGAGGUGUGUUUGACUCUGCGUCCGGGUACCAACUACAGUGUCAGCAUCCAGGCUUUGUCAUCUAAACUUCCUGUGGUCAUCUCUCUGACGACCCCGAUAACAGAGCCGCUACUCCCGGAAGUGGACUUCCACACUGUGCACGGAGGGCCUCUCCCCCGCCUGAGACUGCGGAAAGCCUCGGAGACAAACGGACCCAUCAGCAAUACUUCUAAGGCUGAUGGAUACGUGGCUGCAGAACUACUGGCCAAAGAUGUUGCAGACGAUGCCAUGGAGCUCUCUAUUGGAGAUAGGCUAUACUAUGGGAAAUAUUACAAUGCACCCUUGAAAACAGGCAUCGAUUACUGCAUUAUAGUGCGGAUCACAAGUGAAUGGAAUCAGGACAGAAGAUUCUCCUGUGCUGUGUGGGCUCAAGUGAAAGGUUCCUCACUCACGCUGCAGCAGAUGGCAGGCAUUGGGCUGGGCUCCGUGGCCGUCGUGGUUGUCCUUGUAACCCUCUCUUUCACAGCUGUGUGUGUCACUCCAAAGCUCACUAAAUAUCCAACAGAGAAAGAGACUCAUGGUUUUUCCAAGUAA